AUGCUCAAUCUCAAUGGCACAGUCUUCAUGCCCUCAGUGCUGACACUGAUCGGGAUUCCUGGUCUGGAGUCUGUUCAAUUCUGGAUUGGCAUUCCUUUCUGUGCCAUGUACAUCGUUGCUCUGUUUGGGAAUUCCUUGCUCAUGAUCAUCAUCAAAUCUGAGCGUAGCCUCCAUGAGCCCAUGUAUCUCUUCCUUGCAAUGCUUGGGGCUACAGACAUUGCUCUCAGUACCUGCAUCCUGCCAAAAAUGCUAGGAAUAUUCUGGUUUCACCUGCCAAAGAUAUACUUUGAUGCUUGUCUCCUGCAGAUGUGGCUCAUUCACACCUUCCAGUGUGUUGAAUCAGGAAUUCUGCUAGCCAUGGCCCUGGACCGCUAUGUGGCAAUCUGUUAUCCUUUGAGACAUGCAACCAUUUUUACUCACCAACUUCUCACUCAGAUCGGAGCUGGGGUGACACUCAGAGGAGCCUUCCUUGUGGCUCCAUGUCUCAUCCUCAUCAAAUGCCGGCUGAAAAAUUACUGGACAACUCUGGUCUCUCAUUCAUACUGUGAGCAUAUGGCCAUUGUGAAGCUGGCAGCAGAUGAUAUUCGAAUCAACAAGAUCUAUGGUCUGUUUGUAGCUUUCAGUGUACUUGGCUUUGAUAUAAUCUUCAUCACACUAUCCUACAUCAGAAUAUUUAUAACUGUCUUCAGUCUGACUCAAAAGGAAGCCAGACUCAAAGCCUUUAACACCUGCAUUGCCCACAUUUGUGUCUUCCUUGAGUUUUAUCUCCUGGCUUUCUUCUCCUUCUUUACUCACAGGUUUGGGUUCCAUAUCCCACCAUAUCUUCAUAUUCUUCUGUCCAACCUUUAUCUGCUUGUUCCGCCUUUGCUCAAUCCUAUUGUGUAUGGUGCAAAGACCAAGCAGAUUCAAGAUCGAGCGUCCAAGAUGUUCCACUGUAAGGAUGUUUCUUGA